AUGCCCGCAGGUGUUAGUUGGGGAAGGUAUUCACUAUUUUCAAUAGCAGCGCUUUUAGCGAUGUUAUCAGGUUCUCAAGUAGUUCAUUUGUACUAUAAACCUUUAUCUGAUAUAGAUAAAUAUAUUGAAGAGGAAAAAAGGAAAUUAAAAGGAUCAAAAAUUUGAUUAUCUUCAUUUUAUAUGUAAAUAUUGUUAAAUAAAAAGUUAUUAGAUUUGUUUAAUUA